AUGGUAGGAAAGAACGAAAAGUCUGGAUUAAAAAGAAUUGCGUCAAGAUACAAGAUGACGCCAGGAGUGCAGGUGGGCUCAGUCAUAACCUGCGCAGAUAACGGUGGUGCAAAGUCCAUUAAGAUCAUUGCCGUCAAGGGUAACAGAUCAAGACUUAACAGACUCCCAUUCGCAGCCCCCGGGGAUAUUAUCGUGACUUCCGUGAAGAAGGGAAAGCCAGACAUGAGAAAGAAGGUCGUCCCAGCCGUGCUCAUCAGGCAGAGAAAAUCCUGGAGAAGAAAAGACGGAGUUUUCGUCUCCUUCGAGGACAACGCAGCUGUGGUGAUAACCGCAAAGGGAGAGAUCAAGGGAACUGCCAUCACCGGACCAGUCGCCAAGGAGUGUGCAGAGCUGUGGCCAAAGAUCUCCUCCAUGGCAACCAGCAUCAAGUAG